CCUCCCCUCCCCGCUCUCGCGCCGCAGGUCCCCCCGCAGGCGUGCUGCGUGUUCGAUCCCGUCUUCUCUGCCCUGGAGAUGGAGGUGCUGAGCGGCCUCGGGCUGACCGUGUUGCGGCGGAACGAGGAGGGAAAGCGGAGCAUCGAGGGCCCCACCCUCUUCUACAUGAUCCACUGCGGGAAGGCGCUGUACAACAACCUGCUGUGGAGCAACUGGUCCGUGGAAGCGCUCUCCCAGAUGGUGGUCGUAGGGAACAGCUUCAGGGGCUUCGAAGAAAGGCUGCUGGCCAAAGUCUUCCAUGAGAAUUACAGUUACAUUGCCAAGGUGCUGGAGGCAACCCAGGAGGAAGCCCUUCCGCCCCACCCGCGGCACCUGGAUGUCUUCAACGACACGUCUGUCCACCGCUUUCCUCUGGAGAAACUGAGGGACCUCCCACAGGAUUGCUGGGCCUGCCAGCAGGAGCCCGUUUACCCAGAAGAGGCGCAACUGGAGAUCAUCAGAAACAAAUCCCGAUAACAUUUCCACCCUAGAAGAUGCACAGAAGGGGGGGAGGGGCUGCAGCAGCAGUUUGUGGGCAUGCGGCGCAGUGAGUCCCACACCACAAGUCGAGGACAUUGUGCACUAAAUAACUCUUGGUUGUGGAGGAGUCUCUGGCCACUGGGCUUUAACCAGGUCCCACUCCUCACGCAGAGCAGAGGUGGGUGGGUGGGUGGGAGCAAAUCAGUGCUGGCAGGUGUUGCUCCUUCCAGGAGACCAGACCAGGAUCUUCUCCCCAAAAUGCUUUUUUUUUUCCUAAGAACUUGGUGGCUGACCUACAAAGCUCACCCACUCAGCAGACCAAGCUCAGCUGCUGUUGCGUGACAGAGACUCCAGGGAUCUACCAGCCACCCAAAUGCUUUUAUAACGUUUCAAUUAAAAAAGUCCUCCAGAA